AGUGGAGGAAUUGAGUGCUGUAGUUUACUCAUAAGUCGGCCACCUCUCCGGAUCUUAACCAUUUUAUUUGCCUAUUGAGAUGUCCGAGGGGACCAAUACAACUCUAUUUGCAACGGAGGUGAGGUGACAGCAAACAGUCAAUGGCGGAGUGACACGACACCGGUCCCAACCUCCGCCUCCUUCCUCACUAUACCGGGACUCCUUGCACCCUAUACUCAUUCCAAGCGGCUGUCCGAUUAACAUGGACACCUUUAUGGGAUUUUCGGUUCACAUGGACUUUGAGGGUCAAAAGUUGGCUGAGAGACUGUUCCAGAUUAUUGUGGUGGCAUUUGGGGCAGUGGGAUGGUUGUAUGGGUACUACAUUCAGGACUUCUCCAUGACAGUGCUCACUUUGGGAGCUGGAUUCCUCCUGGCUUGUUUGGUGACUCUGCCCCCAUGGCCGAUCUAUCGUCGCUAUCCUCUGAAGUGGGCUCCAUCCCAGGAUACCUCUUCCACUCCUUCCACCUCAUCUCAAGAAAACACAUCUAGUAAGAAGAAGAAAAAAUAGGUUAUCUUGAAAUCCUCUCAUGGCAUAUGUAAGUUUACUUUGUUGUAAAAGGAAUAAAAUUACUCCUUCACA